UCCUCACUGAACUCGUCUCGGGCCUGGUUCUAGCCCGGGCUCUAACGCGGCGUCCACGACGUUUGGGCCCGCGCAGCUACGAUGCCCAGUGAAACUCUCUGGGAAAUUGCAAAAGCUGAAGUGGAAAAAAGAGGGAGGAAUGGAAGUGAAGGUGAUGGAGUUGAAAUUGGAGAAAAAUCUGUUUUCUUCAUUGGCAGUAAAAAUGGGGGAAAGACUACCAUUAUUCUAAGGUGUCUUGACAGAGAUGAGCCACCAAAACCAACCUUAGCUUUGGAAUAUACAUAUGGAAGAAGAGCAAAAGGGCAUAACACACCAAAAGAUAUUGCACACUUUUGGGAAUUGGGUGGAGGAACUUCUUUAUUGGACUUAAUCAGCAUACCAAUCACAAGUGACACCUUACGGACAUUUUCCAUUGUUCUUGUUUUGGAUCUUUCAAAGCCUAAUGAUCUUUGGCCCACCAUGGAAAAUCUAUUGCAAGCCACAAGGAGCCAUGUAGAUAAAGUGAUGAUGAAACUGGGAAAGACAAAUUCUAAAGCAGCUUCUGAAAUGAGACAGAAGAUGUGGAGUAAUAUGCAGAAGGACCAUCCAGAUCGUGAAUUAAUUGACCCAUUUCCAAUACCUCUGGUCAUAAUUGGAAGUAAAUAUGAUAUUUUUCAGGAUUUUGACUCUGAGAAGAGAAAAGUAAUAUGCAAGACACUUCGAUUUGUUGCACAUUAUUAUGGAGCAUCACUAAUGUUUACCAGUAAAUCAGAAGCUCUAUUACUAAAAAUACGUGGAGUUAUCAACCAAUUGGCAUUUGGCAUUGACAAAAGCAAAUCAAUAUGUGUGGAUCAGAAUAAACCACUGUUUAUCACAGCAGGAUUGGAUUCUUUAAGUCAAAUAGGAUCUCCUCCAGUUCCUGACAAUGACAUUGGAAAGCUGCAUGCCCACUCACCAAUGGAGUUGUGGAAAAAAGUGUAUGAAAAGCUCUUUCCACCAAAGAGUAUCAACACACUAAAAGAUAUCAAGGACCCCGCACGAGAUCCUCAGUAUGCUGAAAGCGAAGUUGAUGAGAUGAGAAUUCAAAAGGAUCAGGAACUAGAACAAUACAAAAGAAGUUCUUCUAAGACUUGGAAACAAAUUGAGCUUGAUUCUUGAACCUAAUUCAACUAUUGUGUAUUUAUUUCUUCUUUCCCAAAUAAAAGUAAGAUUAUUUUCUUAACUAUGGCAAUAUGCAGCAA